AAAUAACUUACCGAAAAACGAACAGGGCCCUCAAGGCCCUGGUUCGGUUCAUUCGUCACCUGAGAUCCGAUCGUUUAUUCGUAUGGAGGGGAUUCGGGGUCAGUGGGGAGGGUGUUCGAACUCUUACUUGUAGGGUUUACCAGAGGUUUCUCUACUGUAAACGAGAGAUGGGCAAGUGGGCAGCAAGGAAUACUGCAUCCUGGAAAACGAGAAUCUAGCUGGAAGCGCAGGAACCCUAAAAUCGGCAAAAGAAGAUUUGGAAACGCGGAAGAACGAACUAACACAUCUUACUAGUUACCACCCGACCAAAGGAAAAUGACCAAGGUGUACGGAACAGGAACUUAUGAUUUCAAGCGGCACAGAGUGGCAGAGUAUCCGGUAGAGAUACCGGACAGGCCACCGGAGCAGAAGCCCGGAAUGAAUUUGUCGAAUUCGAUUACGCUGGAGGAAAUCCAACGCGACAGGUUAACGAAGAUUGCCGCAGCGAAUUGGGCCAAAACGACUGAUCCUUCACAGCGAGCGCCAUUUAAUCCGAAUUUGGUGAAAGAGAUUUACGAGACGGAGCUCCUCGUGAAAGGGGGUCGCAAGCCGGUUUCAUUGCAGAGAGUCAUGAUUCUGGAGGUCAGUCAGUAUUUGGAGAACUACCUAUGGCCUAAUUUCGACCCGGAGACUGCCACAUUCGAACAUGUCAUGUCCAUGAUCCUCAUGAUCAAUGAAAAGUUCCGGGAGAAUAUUGCGGCAUGGACGUGCUUCUACGAUAGGAAGGAUGUGUUCAAAGGAUUCUUGGAGAGAGUUCUUCGCCUUAAGGAACAGGGAAGAAGCUUAAGCACAGCAGAGAAGACAAAUUACUUACUUUUCAUGAUUAAUGCUUUUCAGAGUUUGGAAGAUGAAAUUGUCAGUGAGACUGUCUUGAAGUUAGCAAGUCUAAAGUCAUGGCAUAGUCUCUCACUUGGUCGAUUUCAGAUGGAGUUAUGCAACCACACAGAAGAACGAAUCAAGAAGUGGAAAAGAAUGAUUACAAAAGAGGCUAAGGAAGCCAAGGAAAGAAGAGAGCCCUUCAACCCUUCAAGUAUGCUUGAAGUUAAAUUCCUGAGAAGCCUGAUUGAAGAGUUUCUAGAGAUACUGGAUUCAAAAGUGUUCUUCCAGAAGCAAAUUGACAACCAAGAUGAUCAUCCUAGUGAUUCUAGGGGGGUUGAGCAAGUUGAUGAUGCUUGUCUCUUGUACUGUGAGAGGUUUAUGGAGUUUCUUAUUGAUUUAUUAAGCCAGCUGCCAACUAGGAGAUACCUGAGAGCUAUUGUUGCUGAUGUUGCUGUUGUUGCCAAAUGCCAUCUAAGUGUUCUUUAUACUCAUGAGAAGGGAAAGCUUUUUGCUCAACUGGUUGACUUGCUGCAGUUUUACGAAGGUUUUGAGAUUGAUGAUUACAAUGGAAAGCACAUGGAUGAUGAUGAUGUGCUCAGGGCUCACUAUGACCGCCUUCAGGCUUUUCAGUUAUUAGCAUUUAAAAAAAUUCCCAAGUUACGAGAACUUGCAUUAGCUAACAUUGGUGCAAUCAACAAGCGCUCUGAUCUCUCAAAGAAAUUGUCUGUACUUUCUCCUGAGGAGCUACAAGACUUGGUCUGCAAUAAGCUCAAAUUGGUGUCCAAGGAAGAUCCCUGGGCACACAGGGUAGAUUUUCUUAUUGAAGUCAUGGUCUCCUUUUUUGAGAGGCGUCAGUCCCAAAGGGAAGCCAUAAAUGCUCUUCCUCUCUAUCCGAACGAACAGGUUAUGUGGGAUGAAAGCCUUGUACCAAGCAUCAAUUACUCUGGUGAAGGCUGUCUUGCUCUUCCAAAGCUUAAUCUUCAAUUUCUAACCCUCCAUGACUAUCUAUUGAGAAAUUUCAAUCUUUUCCGUCUGGAAUCAACAUAUGAAAUUCGUGAGGAUAUUCAGGAAGCUGUGCCUCAUCUUCUUGCAUACAUCAAUAAUGAGGGAGAUACUGCUUUUCGUGGAUGGUCGAGGAUGGCAGUGCCUAUUAAGGAAUUUAAGAUUACUGAGGUAAAGCAACCAAACAUUGGAGAAGUAAAACCAUCUUCUGUAACAGCAGAGGUUACAUAUAGCAUUUCAAGUUAUAGAGCUCAAAUAAGAUCUGAAUGGGAUGCCCUUAAGGAGCACGAUGUCCUAUUUUUACUUUCUAUUCGUCCCUCUUUCGAGCCUCUCAGUGCAGAGGAGGCUGAAAAGUCAAGUGUUCCAGAAAGGCUUGGGCUUCAAUAUGUUCGUGGAUGUGAAAUUAUUGAAAUACGUGACGAGGAGGCGACUCUUAUGAAUGAUUUCACUGGGCGAAUUAAAAGGGAUGAAUGGAAACCUCCUAAAGGUGAACUGCGAACUGUGACAGUUGCCCUAGAUACAGCACAAUAUUACAUGGAUGUUUCUGACAUUGCCAAGAAGGAUGCAGAGGACAUUUAUGGGACAUUUAAUAUACUCAUGAGAAGGAAACCCAAGGAAAACAACUUCAAAGCAAUUUUAGAGUCAAUAAGAGACCUUAUGAAUGAAUCUUGUAUUGUUCCUGACUGGUUGCACAAUAUAUUUUUGGGCUAUGGAGAUCCUUCUGCAGCACAGUGGACAAACAUGUCAGAUCUUUUAGAAACAGUAGACUUCAAGGACACGUUUCUUGAUGCAGAUCAUUUGAGAGAGAGCUUUCCAGACUAUGAGGUUUGCUUUGUGAAUCCUGAUUGGACAGAGAACUUGCAUCCAAAACCUCCAUUUCGAAUAAAUCUCCCCAAGGCAUUUAAAGGCAAACCACAUGCUCUACCAGGGAAUGCAAAGUCCAUUGUACCUACCAUAAAUCAUGUUGGUAUGGAUGAUACAGUUUCUAAGAAGGAUGAACUUAGAGUGGAAGCAUAUAUCCCUCCUGAUCCUGGUCCAUAUCCCCAAGAUCAGCCAAAGCAGAACUCUGUUAGAUUUACUGCCACACAGGUUGGAGCAAUCAUCUCAGGUAUUCAGCCAGGACUAACAAUGGUCGUAGGUCCACCUGGGACAGGAAAGACAGAUACAGCUGUGCAGAUUCUGAAUGUUCUUUAUCAUAAUUGUCCCUCUCAGAGAACUUUAAUAAUUACACAUUCAAAUCAGGCUCUGAAUGAUCUUUUUGAGAAGAUAAUGCAGAGAGAUGUUCCUGCUCGAUACCUUCUCCGUCUGGGUCAAGGUGAGCAAGAGCUGGCAACUGAUCUUGAUUUCAGCCGUCAAGGUCGUGUGAAUGCAAUGCUUGUUCGGCGUUUAGAGCUGCUUGCGGAAGUAGAGAGGCUUGCAAGAUCGCUUCAAUUGCCAGAAGAUGUAGGCUAUACAUGUGAAACUGCUGGAUACUUUUGGUUGCUGCAUGUGUAUUCACGCUGGGAGCAGUUUCUGGCUGCUUGUGCACAGAAUGAAGACAAACCAACAUUUGUUAAGGACCGCUUCCCCUUUAAGGAGUUUUUCUCCAACACCCCACAGCCAGUUUUCACUGGCCAUUCCUUUGAGAAAGACAUGCGUGCAGCCAAAGGUUGCUUCCGUCAUCUUAAAACCAUGUUCCAGGAGUUGGAAGAGUGUAGGGCAUUUGAAUUACUUAAGUCAACAGCUGAUCGGGCAAAUUAUCUGAUGACUAAGCAAGCAAAAGUUGUAGCCAUGACUUGCACUCAUGCAGCUCUCAAAAGGAAGGAUUUUCUGCAACUGGAGUUUAAGUAUGACAACUUGCUUAUGGAAGAAAGUGCCCAAAUUUUGGAGAUUGAGACAUUUAUUCCAAUGCUACUCCAGAGGCAGGAAGAUGGCCAUGCACGCCUAAAGCGUUGCAUAUUAAUUGGUGAUCAUCACCAGUUGCCUCCGGUUGUCAAGAACAUGGCUUUCCAGAAGUACAGCCACAUGGAUCAGAGUCUGUUCACGAGGUUUGUUCGCCUUGGUAUCCCAUAUAUUGAACUAAAUGCUCAAGGUAGAGCCAGGCCAAGCAUAGCAAAACUUUACAACUGGAGGUACCGAGAUCUGGGUGAUCUUCCAUAUGUUCGGGAGCAAGCUUUCUUUCAUAAAGCUAAUGCUGGAUUCUCGUUUGAGUAUCAGCUGGUGAACGUUCCAGAUUACCAUGGGAAAGGGGAGAGUGCUCCUUCACCAUGGUUCUAUCAAAAUGAAGGAGAGGCAGAAUAUCUAGUCAGUGUUUAUAUCUACAUGCGUUUGUUAGGUUAUCCUGCAAGUAAGAUUUCAAUUUUGACCACUUACAAUGGCCAGAAGUUCCUGAUUCGUGAUGUCAUCAACAGACGGUGUGUGCCAUAUGACUUCAUUGGUCCCCCUAGCAAGGUUACAACUGUCGAUAAAUUUCAAGGGCAGCAAAAUGAUUUCAUCUUACUGUCUCUUGUACGUACACGUUUCGUUGGCCACCUUCGUGAUAUUAGAAGAUUGGUUGUUGCAAUGUCUCGAGCACGGCUUGGUCUAUAUGUCUUUUGUCGUCGCGCCCUUUUUGAACAGUGUUAUGAACUACAACCUACAUUUCAGCUUCUGCUUCAGAGACCUGACCUCCUUGCCCUAAACCUGGAAGAAAAUACUCAUUUUACAGAACGUCCUGUUGGGGAUACCGGAAGGAUCCAUUAUAUAAAUGGUGUUGAACAGAUGGCUAAUCUUGUCAACUUAAAAAUGCACGAGGUUUAUCAGGAACGACUUGUGAGCUACAACUACAAUUAUCAUACUGCUUACCCACCAGUCUGGGAUGCAAACGAGCUGCAACACACUCAUCAAAAUUCAACAUCCUCAAACAAUGUGAGUAAGGCUGAUACUUCGUCUACAAGUGCUGCUGCUGCUGCAAAUGGGGAUGUUCUGCUCGACAAUGGUUCAAAGAGUGAAGCUCAGAGUAUGGACAAUCUAACCAAUCAUAACGAGGACAUGACACUUGAAAGUAAUUCAGAGGGGAAUAACCAAGUGGAUAUUGCAAAUGAUGGUGGUUCAGAUUUGCCACUUGAAAACAGUUCAAGGGAUGAAGAUAAGAUGGAAGAGUGACCUAGAAAGUAUUGGAUGACUAAUAGAAGCUUGUGGAUGGUUUAGCCCAAGUCCAUAUUUGUGCCACGAUUGCCGAGUUCACUAGGACCUGGAUUGUGCAAUGCCCCUCCAUGCUGAAGCUUAUGUAUAUUGUUUAUUUUGGUGCCAGAUUUAUGCAUAAACUCGUGGACCCACAAGGAUGUCUGCUUAUGCAUCAUUCUUUCCAAUAGAAAGACCAGUGCCUUGUUCAAAUGAGCCCACAAAUUCCCAGUAUCAUUUAAACUUUAGCAAGCGAGCAUUCAGUUGGAAUCAAAUUAUGACCAUCAAGAAGGCAUUGGAUAUAAAGACCAAGAGCGAUUAUUCUCAUUAAGGUCGUGGCCUUCGGCAGUAAUUACGCGGAGGAUGGCAUCCAUUUGCUUUUUUAAUCUCAAUUCUGUACGGAUGGACAAACUGAUCAUAUUACUUGGUUCCGGAGCUGGGUACUUGAAGGGUCGGGUGAGUAAUGUACGUUGUUAAGAGAAUUUCAUAAUUGUCUUCCUGAUCAAGGAAUUUAUUAUCUCUACAUCGACUUGUGGUUUUAUUAAUUUUGAAUGGAUAAGUUUCACUCAA